UGUGAACAGCCUAUGCCUGAACAACUUAUGCCUAAACAACCUAAAUGUGAACAGCCUAUGCCAGGACAACUUAUGCCUAAACAACCUAAAUGUGAACAGCCUAUGCCAGAACAACCCAUGCCUAAACAACCUAAAUGUGAACAGCCUAUGCCUGAACAACUUAUGCCUAAACAACCUAAAUGUGAACAGCCUAUGCCUGAACGACCUAAGCUUAGACAACCUAUGCCUGUGGAGCCUAUGCCUGCGUAGUCUAUGCUUGUGGAGCCUAUGCCUGUGGAGCCAAUGCCUGUGUAGUCUAUGCCUGUGGAGCCGGUGCCUGUGUAGUCUAUGCCUGUGGACCCUAUGCCCGGAGAGCCUAUGUCUGUGGGAUCUAUGUCUGUGGAGCCUAUGACGGCGGAGCCUAUGCCUGUGGAACCUAUGACUGGAGAGCCUAUGUCGGCGGAGCCUAUAUGCCGUAUGUCUCUAUUGUAAUACGUUGUCAUUGCUGUGUGCGUGCUGGAAACCUGUGGCAGAAAAGAACUACACGUAUAUGGGUAAACGAAACUGAUGGCAGUUGUGUUGUUAAGUCAUUUCCACAGUUUGCAUGUAUACUGAACUAUCUAAAACAGUAUACUUUUCCUGGUCACUGACAAGGUCAAGACGUUACCAGCAUUUCAUCUAUUGUCAUAAGCGUCGUUAAAGAAGACUGAUGUCCAGGGUCGAUGACGUGCCUGGAUUCGCUCAUAUAUCCAUCCCCUGAUAUCUGGAAGAAGGGAGAUACGUCCACUGUGACUGACCUGCGAGGCUGCUACAGUUUCGGACCGACAGUCAAACAUUCUGGAGAGUCUUUCAGUGAGAUUCUGGACUACUUUAACUCUCUCCAAGAAGAAGAGAAGGGGGUCAAAUUCACCUUGUUUCCCCCGAAAUUUGACCAAGAGCUGCAGGAGGACGAGCAACACGUCAUCAGCACCGUUAGGGAAUACCUUGUGGCGAAGAAAGGAGGGGUAGCCUUCUUCCAGAAAUCCAUUUCCAACCUCCUGGGUUUGAAGACAGCAUCUGACGUCAUCUGUGACGUCAUCAUUCUCACACCCACUGACGUCCCAUACCUUUUGACCUUCGCGAAGGACAAGGAGGCGACCUCGCGGCGUAACCGUGACAUGGCUAAACUUGUACUACGCCGUCUAAGGAUGUUUGUUAGCGUAGACUUCACCCUAGCGUUUGGAGUAGUUGGUGUCGAGGACGACGCUGCAGACGUGAAUCUGUUCUCCCAACGGCUGCAGCAUGUCAAGUCAUCCUCCACGUCGUUCGCUCUGAGAACGUACAUGAUCAUAACCAACUCCAAGUAUGAAAGCCUUGUCCGCGGAUUGGUUGCCAUGUAUGCCACUGCCAAAACACCGACUGAAAACGGUUACUUUGGCAACAGUUGCAAACAUAAUUCUAAAUCCAUCUGGAUAAUGCAGAAAGAUGCAUUUAAAACUAUAUAUGCUGCUGGAUAAAUCGAAGGAACGACAUUUCUGAAAUACGUUGUAUAUCGCACGCCGUAGAUGACGGGUUUACACGGCAUUGGAAAACAGGUGUUGACUGUCCAAGCUAAAACAAAAUGUGUCAUUUGGCUAUAUGUCCGAACAUACAACACUGUUUCCAAGCAUGUACAAUACAAGGUACAACUAUUAACCUUAUCAUUGAUUGAUGUAUCGUCUCUAACUGUAUACAAUGAUUCAAGGAAAAGUGUUCAGGAUCUAUAAUUAGUUCGAAAGAGAAACGUUGGAAGGUCCACAAUAGCCGAAUAACACCUUAAGAUUAGCAGAAUUUACCACCAACGGUAGCAUCAGUCACCACAGACACAGAAACAUAUUAGUCUUCCACACAAUGUAACCGUUACUUUAUAAAAUGUGUUUAUACCAGACAAGCUCAAAUUGUGGAAUGGCCUUUCUAAUAAAUGUCGACUUCCUCCUACACCUUCAUGCUUAAAAUAUAGUGGUAAAACAUAAAACGUUCCCUGUUGUUACUUCUGUAACAGAAAAACUCACAUGCUCCAUACUCGUUAAGACAUUUAUGCAGUUUUUAAAGGUAGUAAAUGUAACAUGACUUUGAGGAAAUUAGGGCUGGGACGGGUAGGAAAAAAUGGAAUCGAGUACCCGCAUGUACUUACCCGAAUCGGAAUCGAGUACC